UCAGACUACUACACACAGUUUCGGGGUCCUUCCAUUCCAUCACAACCAAAACGUUUCAAGCAUGGGUGAAGUGUAGUUCUGCUCAAGUCGUGUGUGCUACUGCUUAGCAAAUUGCGGAGGCUAUUUGACUGAAACGGGGGAAAAUGGGGCGAUCAUCGAAGGACAAACGAGAUAUCUACUACAGACAGGCGAAAGAAGAAGGCUGGCGAGCAAGGAGUGCCUUCAAACUAUUGCAACUGGAUGAGGAGUACAAUCUCUUCGAAGGUGUGAAUCGUGCAGUGGAUCUUUGUGCAGCCCCAGGCAGCUGGAGUCAGGUCCUGAGUCGUAAGCUUCGAGACAAAGAGAAGAAGGAGGAUGUGAAGAUCGUAGCGGUGGACCUGCAGGCAAUGGCACCACUACCAGGAGUCACGCAGAUUCAAGGAGACAUCACCAAGUUGUCCACAGCCGAGGAGAUAAUUAAGCAUUUCGAGGGCCAGUCCGCUGAUCUGGUUGUGUGUGACGGAGCGCCAGAUGUCACAGGACUCCAUGACGUGGAUGAAUAUAUCCAGGCCCAGCUCCUGCUUGCUGCGCUUAACAUCACCACACAUGUACUGAAGACAGGUGGAACAUUUGUAGCGAAGAUCUUCCGGGGUAAGGACGUGACCCUGCUGUACUCCCAGCUGAGGAUUUUCUUCAGCCAGGUGACCUGUGCCAAGCCUCGCAGCAGCCGCAACUCCAGCAUAGAGGCGUUUGUGGUUUGCAGAAACUACUCUCCUCCGGAAGGCUACAUACCCAACAUGUCCAACCCUCUUCUGGACCACUCUUAUGAUGUUGACUUUAACCAGUUGGAGGGGCCAAACAGGAUCAUUGUUCCAUUCCUCGCCUGUGGUGACCUUAGUGGCUUUGAUUCGGACCGUACCUACCCUCUACAGCUGGAUUCCUCCAAAGAGUACACCUACACGCCUCCCACCCAGCCUCCCAUCCACCCCCCGUAUGAGCAGGCCUGCUUCAUGCGGAAGAACAACCUCCUGGCCAAGGAAGAUGCCCCCGCUGCCGCAUCCUUAGACCACGCCCUCUCUACCAUGCAACUCUCGGCCAAUGAGGUGAGGGAUCAGGAACCCUCGGGAUCACAUGACUAAGAUCAGAAUCCAAUGAUUAAGGAGGAAGGCCUGGUUCCAAAAGUGGCAGAGCACACACAGGCUCAACUGAAAAGUGACAUUGCAUAAAGUGACUCGCUGUGAGUUAUGUGUCAUUUUGAAAAGUACUCUGAAAUGGUCAUUCGGCACUAUAUUAUCAUGUUGAAUUUCAGAACUUGAAUUUUAUUAUAUGUAUUUUUUUUUUGUAAAUAGUAAACAUUUCAUACUGAUAACUGUCAUGCGAUGCAUGUACUGUUGUUAAACUGUCAAACUUUUAAAGGGAUUUGAUGUCACCUGCUGCAUCAUUUUACAUACCGGUAAGCCAACUUUUGUUUGGCUAUUAAAACUGUAUCUAAGAGUGAAAAAUAAAUAAAAACAAAAAAAUGAA